AUGCCCUCGGUGGCCAGACCAGUUCUCCCUCCUCUCCAGACCCCCAAGACCGCCUCUUUCCCCUCCGAAAUUGUCGAAACCCCGAUUUCGUGCGUCUCUGCUGUGAUCAAGCAAGAAAAUGCGAAUCUCAAGACGCCAAUUACACCUCCGGUCGCCUACACCGAGUUCCUCAAGGCUUUGACUCCGGUCCUGGCCAGUCCGCCAGUAAGCAGCACACUUCAGAGGUCAAUGUCGGAUGAGUCGACAUGCACAAGACACUCCAUGAUAUCGGUGGCGUCUACGUCUUCCAGUCUAUCUUCCGGCCGAAGCGAAAGCCGCAAGUCUCCAUGCAGUUCCGUUCCACCCACUCCAUACGCUCGCAAAACUCCCACUCCGCUGAAGCGCUUGCGGAUACCACAUUCUCCGGCGUUUUCUCCAUCCACAUCCGGACCUUCUCCGCGGACUGCCAUGAGCGGCAUGAGCAAUGGCGGCAUCUAUUCUCCAUUCUCGCCCGCGGACUGGAACUGUGAGAGCGCAACUCGACGGUAUUUUGACGCGCCGAGGAGCGCAUGUUCCAAGACCGUCAAUGUUCGAUCUGUGGUGUCGAGGACAGUGACAUACAAACGGUCGCCGCCUCUCGACCCUGCGCCGAAGGGCAAGAAACGCAAAAUCGACAUUACAGACAUGCCCCCACCUCCCACCUCCAAAGACAUUAUUGGCAUCAAGACAGUUGAUUUCCCUUCAACGCUGAUCGAGCCACAGCCAUCUCUCACCACUUCGCCUUCUGCAUUGGCCAGCGCUCUCCCACCGGCAGUCUCGACCUCCCCGCCUGCCUUCGGAUGA